CGCCUAUGUACAGAUUUGGGCGUCUCUGCUCCUGCCCAAAGCCCAUUGCCAGCAGGGUUGCUGUCAAAGUGUCUAGCUUGGCUCAAUUGCCGUUCAUAUAUAAGUAUAAGCACUACAGGUGGUCAUCUUUGUUCGUUAUAUCUUAAUCUCUUUAUUAUCAAGCUAUUGAAAUCGCAUCAUGUCGCUUUUCCUCUGUGUUGACUGUGGUGGUUCCAAGACGUCUGCUGUCAUUGCAGAUAGAUCUGGCACGAUCCUCGGGCGUGCUCUAGGAGGCCCAUCUAACUUUUCGUACAUGUCUGCGGCUGCAUUUACAGAUGCUGUUCGCGUAGCAGUAUCUAAUGCAUUGAAGACCUGCGUCUCUCCACCAUCUAUCGACCCCAUUUCCCUCCCUCCCAACACUGAGAUAUUUGCAUCUGCAUGGUUCGGUAUCUCCGGCGUUGAUUCCCUAGCUGCGAUCGCCAAUGCCUCAGCAGUUCUAUCUGUUCUCCUCGGGAUACCCCUGGGUCCACGGUUAGUCGUGGCCAACGAUACACAUCUUCUUGCUGCUCCGCUUCGGUUUCAUCCUGAUAUCAAGCAUGCUGUGGCUGCGAUAGCCGGCACUGGAUCUUGUGUCGUUUCGUUUCAGCACGAACCCUCAGGCAUGCUAAGUGAGCUUGCACGGACCGGCGGGUGGGGAUGGAUUCUAGGAGAUGAAGGCGGAGGAUUUCAUGUGGGCCGUGAGACCAUGCGUCAAAUGAUGUACGAUGCUGCGCGCUCGUCGUUGGGGAUGGAACCGUUACCCCCAAGUAGCCUCAAAGCGAAGGUGCUUGAAACAUUUGGGAUCAAGGGGGUAGAUAAUGCCCCAGAGGUGUUGCCGGUGGUGCACUUGCCCGAGCCUAGUACAGAAGAGGCGGCUGCCUCUGUUCCAUCGUACCUCCUCGUUGCGCGCGAGAAACGGUUAAGCCAGCUUGCUCCACUCGUUUUUGAGGCUGCAUUCAAGGACAAGGACCCCUUCGCGCUGAAUGUGUUGAAGGCUUGUGCUGAGGGACUUGCGGACCAGAUCGCAAUGCUCUCCCGUGAGCCUGGAGAGGAUCCGAGUUUGAAACCAAGAGCAGUGGAAGCAAAUGAGGCCAUGUUAUGUUUUGGAGGGAGCUUGGUUGGCAUCGAGGAUUAUAGGGCGUUGAUACAUGAGGCAUUGGCGAAGAAGGGGCAUGUCUUCAAAUAUGUGGAGUUCGUUGAAGAUGCCGCGGCUGUAGGAGCGGUAGGCCUAGCGUCUUUAGGUAGGACAUAAGUCUCUGUCUGCUCACUAGCUAUUAUAUAGCCUACAUAGAACUUGUUAUUUUAAGUUGUAAGUAUGUAGUCGAUGGACGCGAAGCACCUGCCCUAAAUAUUUCCACGGUCCCAAUAUAAAUACCACCUUCCGUUUU